CCAAAUCCUCUGUUCGGGGAGCACAUGUUAAGAGGAAUUCACUAUACGGUGGGUUUUUCACUCAUCCUCAUCGUACAAACAAUUUGCUCUAGCGAAAGGGAAAAACGGGAAAAGUGAGCGAAAACCUCACUUGCUGCGUGACACAAAACACACGAAAAAAAAACACCCUCAAAAACCGGUGGCCAAACGUUCUCCGCGUAGUGGUACAGUUUUUCGGUAUGGUUUCGCUUAUUUUUAGCCCCAUACCGAACCGCAGAACACUUCGAGCGGCCGUCCCGAACGGUUCCAAUCGUUGUGCAGCGUGCUCGCCCGUGACGUUAGUGUGAGAGAAUGUUUCCACCGGAUACGGCCCGCUUUUCCACCUGACGUUUUUCGCCUAGGAAAGUGAUCAGUUUUCCAUCGUAAUGAUUCAUUUGCGCGUUUGAGUGUUUAAUUGUUGGAAAAAUUGUUCGUUAAUUGUGUUGCGAUAAUUGUUCGAAAUGUUCACCGGAUCCGGUACGAAACGGGGUCAUAUUUCGUGAGCAGUAUGUGACAAGUUGUGGAGUGAAAAUUUGGGAGCGAGCAAGAAAUCCGAGCGAGCGUGAGCGUGGAAAAAUUAUUUUUACCCGUCCCGUUGUUCAGUGCGCCAGUUCAGUGUGGGACAGUUGCCAUCGGGAACGUGGCAGUGUGGUGUUUAGUUUAUUGGUUGAAUAAAUUCGUCCCCGAUGGAAGCGUCCGGGAGCAAUGCAGUUCCGGUAGUGGCGAGACGGCGUCGUAGGGCAGCUAGACAGUUGCGUGAAUCAACGCCGGAUCCGACGCGCGACGGUAGCGUUGGUAGUCAGUCAAACUCCUGCGACGAUCAGAGCGGGUCCGAAUCGGCCCGUGGCCGUAGCACGGUCGAUAGCAGUCCGUCCUCUUCGAAGAAGAGUUUGAUCGAGCGUGCGAUCGAGUAUGGUAGCUCGCAUCGGAACAAAAUUCUGGCCCGCAAGGAGAAAAAGCUAUCCAGUGCUGUGGGACAGCGGAGUCGAUCAGUGCCACGAGAUGAGGGCGAUGUACCGAGCAGUCCGGAAAUAUUCUCACUACUGCGGCGAGCCAAGCGGAGUCUAUCGGCGGCACGUAAACCAAAAACGGACGAUUCCAGCGAUGGCGGUCGUAUCUCCGAUACGGAAGUUCGCAAACGACGCGAACGUAUCGAACGCUUCCAGAGUGAACGAUCGCGUGAAAAUGCCGACGGAAAUGCAACCGCUCCCUUGCAAGCGAAUCUGCAGCGGUUCAACGAGGAGAGACGCAAGUUUGAGCUGGAAAAGUUGAAAUUCCUACAGGAAAAGCGCGAACUCGAUCGAAUGCGGUUAAGACGCUUUGAGAAGUAUCGCGAGGAACUGCUAGAGGAGCAAAGUCGCAAGUUAAAGGUGAAAUUGCAAGAGGAGCGUGCGAAAAGCAUUGAAGCAACACCGAUGCCACCGCUGGCACCGUCCGUUGCUCAUCGAAGUCGUACACCAACGCGGCCGGCCGACAGUUUGUCACCCGCCGUUGGCAAGAAGAAGAUACUGAUCGUACCGAAAGCUCGCUCAUCGAGCCGGUCUGCAUCGACCAGCGAAGAUGAAGGACGCUUAUCGUCCGACGAAGGAAAGAAGCAAACGAUCCGGCGUCGGUUUUCACCCCGAAAACCGAAACGACCACGAUCGGCAAAGCUUGAAUCAGGUGCGAGACGGGCACAGUCUCGUACGGAUGGGAUAACAUCACCCGAAUCGGAAUUGCCAUCAGAUUAUCAACCGGAAGAGCCAGAGAUAGUGAAUCGCCAUGAUUCUCCGGAGCUGAAGGAACCCGAAAUGGUGAUCACACAUAGGCGAGUUGUUGGGCAGGAGGAAGAAAAGAAGGAGUUAGAGAUUGAACCACCAAAAGCAUCUCUCGUGGAGGAUUCAAAAAUUGAAGAUGCUUUUGAAGCAAAGAGUGAGGAAAAGAAAGAGGUUGAAGCGGAUAAGGAAGUGACUGUUGAGGAAAAUGGUCUAGAGGUACGUCAACGCCGUAGGCCUCUUGUGCUAUACGUCGAGCAACCUGACGAAGUCUUCACCUGGAGACAGAUCGUCCAAGAGUGGUAUGAAAUGUGGCAAGACUUCCUGGACGAUCAGCCAGCAGAGAUCGUCCGGAUGCGUAUUCAGGUGAACCACUGUUUGUUCUACUUUGCGGUAAUGGUUCUACUGUGUGGUCUCGGAGGCAUUGCGUUCCGAUUGACCGAGGGCACGUUCGAGUCGCAGUACAAGUGUGGAGUUAAGCGCGUCAAACGAGAAUUCAUCGAUCAGCUUUGGCUUUCUAGUCACAAUCAAAGAGAAGAGGACUGGAAGUUAUCGGCACGGAAUCGUUUGCGCAAGUUUGAGGAAGAAUUGCAAAUUGCUUUCGAAGCAGGCAUGAAGUCGUACAGCGGUAAUACGGCGUGGAACUUUGUUAAUGGCGUGAUCUACUCGCUUACGGUGGUGUCAACGAUUGGCUAUGGACACAUUUCACCAUCAACGACUACGGGUCGAGCGCUGACAAUUUUGUACGCCAUUAUCGGUAUACCGAUCUUCCUUAUAGUGCUGGCCGACUUUGGCAAGCUGUUCACGAGGGGUAUCAAGUUUAUGUGGGCCUAUGUGCGACGGCUAUACUAUACCGGAUCGUUCCGCAAGGUCCGAAAGACGGCACAGGUGCAGGAAGUGAUGAAAGGUUUGAAUGUUGUGUACGAUAUGGUUAGACGACCCAGUACAGACAAUGAACUGCAAGGGGCAACGACUACAACAGCUGUCCCAACACAACAGCCACAACAGCCUCCGCUUCCUGCACCAGCUCAACCUCCACAGCCGCAAGCAUCUCAAAGACCACCAUCAGAACCGCAACCGGCUGGAGGCACCGGUAUCGAGACAAUCCCCAUGCCGGAUACACCAACAACACCCGUGCCGGAAACGUUCGAAAUAGACGACGAGUUCAACCUGCCAAUUUCGGUGGCGAUCGUCAUUUUGGUUGCGUACAUGCUGUUCGGCGCUAACAUCUACUGUCGGUGGGAAAAUUGGAGCUUCUUCGAGGCGUUCUACUUUGUCUUCAUCUCGAUCUCAACGAUCGGGUUCGGUGAUUACGUACCACAGCAUCCGAUCUACAUGAUGUGCAGCAUACUGUAUCUCAUCUUCGGUCUCGCCCUUACGUCGAUGUGCAUCAAUGUGGUACAGCUGAAGUUAAGCGAUAGCUUCCGCCAGGCCAGUGCUAAGAUUGGUGCCACCAUUGGGCUUCAGAUGGCGGAAGCGGCCUCACAGCAUCAGCAUUCGCCCGUGCACACACCGAUAGAGUUGGCCGCAGUACACACCUCAACCCCAACCAGUGCCGUAAACGUUAGCCUCAAGGAUACACCGACCUUACCGGCAAGACCGUCCACCUCCGUACCAAAGCCGGAAAAGAAAGAGUAAAGUUUAUUUCUCUGUCUCAGCUGGAGGCUUUCAUUUUCAUUGGAGGCUACCCAAAUACGCACAAACACACAUCUAUACGCACAAGUACAAGUACCAAAACGAAACGGGGACAUAGAGACCCACUGACGAUGGACUUUGACGGAAAACGCAAGCGCUCUUAUAAUCUUACCAUUAGCUAGGACUUAUAUAAAAAAAAGAAACAAGUGCAUUAUUAAGCAUCCACGGAUGUAAAGGACGUGAAAAAGAAGGGAAGAUUGUUAUUUAAUGUUAAGUUUAAGGACGAACGUUAACAGUCAGACGCUGUGCCGGGUUCAAACGAAGCUAACGGGGCAGAUUUGCUUUGGCUAUAGAAUUAAAAAACAAAUGUACGCUAAAAGCCGGAAGCUUCCAGCUUUGCUAUUUAAAAAAAUUGUUUGCAGUUGCCUGGAAUGUGUAUGAUCGAAAUAAAUGCUGAUAUAUAUUUUAAAACGAAAUUCUUAAAAGUCUUUUAUUAAAAAGCUUAAGACGCUUUUAAACAAUUGAUGAAAACAUUUUCGAAUUUGGAAGAUGUAUAAGAUAUGCUCGGAUGCAAAUAUGAAAUAAAGAAUGUAUAAAUAUAAGUGUUGGAAGCAUAACAAUACACAAAUUAAUGACGAAACAAGCUUAAGUAAGUAAAAUAAUAUAAUAAAUAAUAAAAUAAUAAAAAAAGUUGAAUGAUUCAAUAACCAAAUAACAAUAAAGAAAGAAAUUAAAGAGAAAAACAAGUACAAACUGAUACACAACAACAAUAAACAAAUUGUAAAACAAGUCAUAAAAUACAAACAAAAAAAUACAGACCGUUAUGAAUAAUAAAAGAACAAAAAAAAACAUUUCAUAUGUCCAAAAUACUACCAAACAUACAAGGUGAUAGAAAUAAUAAAAAACACAUAUUAUUCUCCUUCCAUCGGAUCAACCACAGUUAACCACUUGUUUGUGCAAUAAUAACUGCGCCUCCAUCAAAAAGCCACCCCACUCACACUCCACAGCAACAACAACAACAACAAAACGGGGAAAACACAUUGCGUGACUGUGUGGAACAAGGAAAAACGGUAACGAUAAGAAGGAACGGUUAAGGAUAAAAUGCAAUACGGCUUUACGCACAUGCGCACACGGUGGAAAACAAUACACCGCACACAUGUAAGCGCCUACUGCGUGGGGAAAAUUUGUUGUGAUUUUUUAGUAUGCCCCUUCUUUUUGCAAUCACACGGUUCUUCAGUCAAAAGUGAGCGCUACCAACAGUGAAGCAGGAAAAAUCGAUAGUCGAUGUGUGUUGCGUUGGAAAAUUCGGAGUGCCGUUCCGCUAACGGUGAGCGUUAAUGUUCGGAAUUUUGGAAUGGAAAACUAUACCGUGGGAUGGUAAAAUAAGGCAAUUGACCGCUGGUAGGAUGUGGUGCAGCGAAGGAAAAUGAAGAAAAGCUUCGGAUCGAUGCGUAAAGCUGUGAAAAUAGGGACAGUGCAUCACAGUUUCCGUGAACCGUGAACUUAGGGGCCUCCAUCGUUCCCGACCAGAGAAGUUGGGCGUGUGAGGAAAGCUGUGUGUGUGCGUGCCGUGUUGUGCGAGCGUGCGUUUCGCUGUAUUUGUCGCGAGUCCUGUCCGGCAGAGUGUGUGAGAGACAGAGUGUGUGAAGGAUUUUUCUGCUCCAUCACUUGGCCAGCAGUCGACACAGACGGGAGAUACUGGAAGGUAUACACACCACACGUAGGAUUCGGACUCGAUUGUGUGCAAUUUUCAAGGCGAAUGUGACGGGAUUUUCGUGCCGAAGAUUUUCCUUGUGUCUCGCUAGGGAUUACGCGGGUAUCCUUUGUGGCGAGAUAGAAAGGAUGGAUAGUGACGGUACGGGCAGAAUUCGUAUCAUCGCACCACCCAGCAACAGUACGCGACCGUGUCCUGGUGCGUUGGGGUGUGUUUAUUUUAGCAAACUCAGCCAUUUUGGAAAGUAAUUCCAACCAGUACGUGCGAUCGCGAACCAGUGCUAAAGCUUAACAACCACUGUCGGAAGCUCGUGCAUUCACGCAAAAACGUAAAUCGCAGUAGCCUUGGCUGGGUUGGGGUUUUGGAGAACGUACGUGUGUACCAUACGGGUGUGUGCUAUACGGGUGUUUGUGUGUGCGGAGUGCAUGGGGUAGUAAGUAGCCAGCGUGAAAAUCUAACAAACGACGAUGGCACCACAUUGCCCCAGACGGGCACAGGCGUCUGCGGAUGAUGGAUAGUGUGGUUAGACCAGUGACGAUGGUGUUUUAGUGAAAUUUUUCGUUAGUCAAAUUUUGCGGUAACUUACCCGAAAGAGGGUUGCCCGUCGUCGAAUAGGAUAGCACAAAUUUUUUCUCGGCUAACUGGGUGGGCUAGUCACAGUGAGCAGUAUGCAGCAGCUGUAGGAUCGAUUUUUGUUCCUCUUCUCGCUUCAAUUCGCUUCGGGUUCGUAUGAGCCAUACACGAUACUUCCGCUUCUAGAACACAACAGCAGAAGGAAAACUUGCCAUAAUUAUUAGAGAGUUACGACGAACAA